GGGCGGCCGGGGUUGUGCUGGCGCCGGCGGGCGCGAGGAAUCACAGAGCGGGGCGCCCAGCCUCAUCACGGGGCAGCCCACGGAGACUUCCCAGGGGAGUUGUGUCUGGUGCAGGGGGCCCCGAAGGACGAGUGGGAAAUGGGGACACGCGACGCAGAGACUCCUCGUGGAUGGAGCCGACGGAGGCUCAGCAUGGAAGAGAAAGGGGUCACGGAGACGGAUAAGGAGCCACCAGAGACUCGGGGGAAUUCCCCCUAGAGGGUGCGGGAAGCCGGGGAAAGGAAGGGAUUCCGAAGGAAGGGCUGGGAGCCGGGUCAGGUGCCGGCAGGACGGCUGGUUGGAUAGAAACUGGGACAGGCCCAGUGCAUUUGGAGUCCUCGACAUUCGUAUAAACUUGGAGAGAUGGUUCCCUGGCGAUCCAGGUGCCUGUAUAGACAAUAUUUUCUAGAAGUUCUACCGUUAAGUGAGGAGAGAGAGUCGAUGUGGAAAUUGGAGACAAGCAGAAAGAGUGUUUUGAAAGCAGGCGUGGUUAGAGGACUGGCUCUGGGUUCAGGAGUCCCCACUCACUAGCUGUGAGACCUUGAGCAAGUCACUUAACCUCUCUGUGCCUCGGUUUUCUCAUCUGUAGGAUGGGGAUGAUGAUGGCAAUACCUGCUUCACAGAGUGAAAAUUAGAUGAGAUGAUGUCCAUAAAAUUACCUAAUACGGCACCCAAAAGCAGUACUAGUUAUUUUUCCCUUUUCUUAUUAGAGCAGCUUGGGCACAUUUUGAUGGCCGUGGGAAUGAGCAGGUAGAGGGUGGUAUUGAGGCCAAAGGAGAGAGAAGGGACCCAGAGAUGGCGAGAUCAGUCUUGGGUGCCUGCUCCCAAACCAGGGGAAGGAGGGAACAGGUAGGGCUGCAGGAAAGUUUGCGGGUGUGGGGUACACAGUUAAAGGGAGUGUCUUCUGAUAGUCUUGGUGCAGGUCUAGAGGUCGUUUGCUAUACGGGUGGAGGUUCCGAUGUACAUUGCGGCAGUAAGAUGCCAUGCGUGCCCUCUUUGCCACCAGCCUGUGGCAGCCCCAGUAUUACACCAUGGCAGGAGCUGGAAGGCCUGUAGCCAUCAUCUGAGCCAAAUGUCAAAGACUUUCAAGUACUUCAGUUGGGCUACGCGCCACGCCACACUUUGACCCACCAUCUCAUUUAGUCAUCACAACAAUUGGGUGAAAUAGGUAUGAUUGUCUCAUUUUACAGAUGCAGAAUAUGAGCUUCAGGGAAGUUAAGAGGACCUUGUCCCAGGGGCCACCGUUAGUAAGUGGUGGACCCAGAAUCCCAACUCAGCGCUGUCUGACCUUAAAACCCAUGAUUUGAAACCAUCAUGAAAGUUUGCAAAACCAGGAUGGAAAGAUGUGUAGGGAUCAUCUCCAUUUGAUAGAUGAAACAAGAGCUGGGUACUCUGAUCUCCAUCCCAGGCACACAGAGCUUGGGACCCCACAGCCCUGGUGCGAAUCCCACUCCACCACCAGAGGAGCUGUGUGCCUCUGGACCAAGCAUCUUGCUUCUCUGACCGUAUAUACGGCUGCAGAAGAAUUCCUUGCCCGUAAACUGCUGCCCAGCACACAGUAGACAUGCAGGAGCCAUCGUUCUCAAGCUGAACUUUUCCUGAGAACAUGGAUCUUGUAUUUGUUUAGUGCUUUGUUCUCCUUGAGGCAGCGACGUGGUGACGCCUGACCUGAGCAUGUAGCCACCUAUGACUUCCUGAGUGGGGUGAUCGGGGAGGGCCCUGAGGAGUCUGUGGUCCUAAGGCCUUGGAUUUCAAAGGAAAGUCAUGGUGUCACCGUGACUGUUCAGAAUGCCAUGAGGUGUUGGGUCAUCAGAGGCCUUCCUGCUCCUUCUGGUUACCUCAGUCCCAGGAGAGAUAGGGUCCCAGAAUUUUAGAGCUCAGAGGCCACCUGUUGCAACUUCUUUUUUACAGAAUGGGUCAUCCAAACCCACGGUGAGGAAGUGACUUCUUGAGGUUACCCAGAUGCUCUGAACAGAGCAGAGUGAAAGCGCCUAGAACUUAAACUUUUGGACCUGCCUCCAACACCCUGGGGAUUUCCACUAGGAAGGUGAGCACCCCCACUGAGAAUUCCAGGCUGCUCAGAGGUGCCAGGGAACACAGACCAGGGGCCAGCUGUGGCGCCCUCCUCCAAUGUGCCCAGGGAGGUGGGGGAAGCCAGCGGUAGCCUGUGAUUCUUAGCCAGGGGAACUCUCACUGUGCUUUCUGAGAGUCUGUGACAUGGCUCAUUUUCUCUGACUUGCUCUCUUGCUUUUUCUCACUCUAAAAUAAAAAAUGACUGGACACUCCUAAAGCCUUCAGUCACCAUCCAGGGGAUUUUUAUCACCACAAAGGGUAAUUCCUGCUCCAUCCCUGCUGUGACUCAGCUAUGACGUUGAACCACACAAGCCAGAGAGAAGAAGAUAAAGUCAUCAGACUCCUACUCACCAGAAAGUGAAGCCCAGGGCAGGACUCCACAGAGCUGGUCCCCUGCCCUGGAGGAACUUAGACGGGCCCUCUGGCCAGCCUGGAAUCCUGAGAUGGCCUCCAGCUCAGGCAGCAGCCCCCGCCCGGCCCCUGAUGAGAAUGAGUUUCCCUUUGGGUGCCCUCCCACCGUCUGCCAGGACCCAAAGGAACCCAGGGCUCUCUGCUGCACAGCCUGUCUCUCUGAGAACCUGAGGAAUGGCGAGGAUCGGAUCUGCCCCAAAUGCAGAGGGGAAGGCCUCCAGUCUAUAAGCCCAGGAAGCCGUCUUCGAACUCAGGAGAAGGCUCACCCAGAGGUGGCUGAGGUUGGAGUUGGGUGCCCCUUUGCAGGUGUCGGCUGCUCCUUCAAGGGGAGCCCACAGUCCAUGCAAGAGCAUGAGGUCACCUACCAGACCUCCCACCUAAACCUGCUGUUGGGGUUCAUGAAACAGUGGAAGGCCCGGCUGAGCUCUGGCCUGGAGUCUGGGCCCAUGGCCCUGGAGCAGAACCUGUCAGACCUGCAGCUGCAGGCGGCUGUGGAAGUGGCGGGGGACCUGGAGGUAGACUGCUACCGGGCACCCUGCUCCGAGAGCCAGGAGGAGCUGGCCCUGCAGCACUUCAUGAAGGAGAAGCUUCUGGCUGAGCUGGAGGGGAAGCUGCGUGUGUUUGAGAACAUUGUUGCUGUCCUCAACAAGGAGGUGGAGGCUUCCCACCUGGCCCUGGCCACCUCCAUCCACCAGAGCCAGCUGGACCGCGAGCGCAUUGUGAACUUGGAGCAGAGGGUGGUGGAGCUGCAGCGGACCCUGGCCCAGAAAGACCAGGCCCUGGGCAAGCUGGAGCAGAGCUUGCGCCUCAUGGAGGAAGCCUCCUUUGAUGGCACCUUCCUGUGGAAGAUCACCAACGUCACCAGGCGGUGCCAAGAGUCAGCCUGUGGCAAGACUGUCAGCCUUUUCUCCCCAGCAUUCUACACUGCCAAGUAUGGCUACAAGCUGUGCCUACGGCUAUACCUGAAUGGAGAUGGCACUGGAAAGAGGACCCACCUGUCACUCUUCAUUGUGAUCAUGAGAGGGGAGUAUGAUGCGCUGCUGCCGUGGCCUUUCCGGAACAAGGUGACCUUCAUGCUGCUGGACCAGAACAAUCGUGAGCACGCCAUCGAUGCCUUCCGGCCUGACCUGAGCUCAGCGUCCUUCCAGAGGCCCCAGAGUGAAACCAACGUGGCCAGUGGCUGUCCACUCUUCUUCCCCCUCAGCAAGCUGCAGUCACCCAAGCACGCCUACGUGAGGGACGACACCAUGUUCCUCAAGUGCAUUGUGGAGACCAGCACUUAGGGUGGGCGGGGCUCCUGAGGGAGCUCCAACUCAGAUGGGAGCUAGUGAGAGGACUGUGAUGCCCUGCCCUUGGCGCCCAAGACCCCAGAGCACCAGGAUGGGCGAAGACUGGCACUAUCCGAGCAAGACUGAGGGGUCGACUAUUGGCUGGCUAUCUGGUUAGGAUGGCAGGAUGUAGGCUGGUCCCACAAAGGCAAAGGGUCAGAAGGAGACAGGCAGAGCUGCUCCCCGCUCUGCACUGACCCUGUAACACCAGGAGGCCAGGGGGCCACUCCAGCCCCAAAUGUCAAGGUGGACUAUCACCAAGAUGGGAAGAAAAUGGAACCAGGCCUGGAACUGUGGGACCUAAGCAGAGAAGCUCUCAGGCUAGGAAGAUCUCUGCAGAGCCACCAGGGAGACCUGGACACAGGCCUGCCCUCCUCCUGUCCAGGAUCAGAAACAGGACUGGGUGAAAGGGAUGGGAGGGCCAUGUGAAUGCAGUCUGUCUAGGCCUGAACUGAGUUCCCUGUCACUGGAAGUGAACAAGCAAAUCCAGAGGGCUCCAGUGGGACUUCAAAUUGAGGGUUGGAAUUGAAGACUUUUAAAGUUCCUUCCAGCCCAGAAAGCCUCUAAUUCUAGGCCUCCUGGCUCAGGUGAGUCCUAGAGUUACAGGGGGUUCUGGAAACAUUCAGGAGCUUUCUGCCCUCCCAGCUCCUCACUCAUCUUCAAUAACCCCUGCUGGACUGGCCUGGCCUGCAGGGCACCUGCCACCCUGGGCCUGGCAGCUCAGCUUCCCCAACACGCAGGAGCACACACAGCCCCCUCGUCCUGUGCCUCCACCAGCCAAACACCACUUCACUUCCUGCAGGUGAAACCCGGUCACUGUGAGCUCCCAGGUGCCUUGAGAAGGAGAGGGGCGUAAACCUUGCUCUUCCUGCCUGGAGGCCUCACCUCUGGUGCUUUCCAGAGUCCCACAUCACUUGAUUAACUGAGGCAGCCACUUCUCUCAGCAGACUGAUCAGGACCUCCAAGCCACUGAGCAACGUAUAACACCAAAAACAAUUUUUGGAAUCUCUUUUGAAGUUUUCCUAAAGUGUAUGGUUUGGGAGUUGUUUGUACUGAGCCAAGUUUGAAAAGGCCAUUGCUGAGUUUGA